AUGGCGGGGCAGCGGGCGCUACUGCUCGCUGGCCUCCUUCUGCCUGGGUUCCUGCUCUCAGAGGCCGCCAAAAUUCUAACUCUGUCUUUGGUGGGUGGAAGCCAUCAUCUACUGCUGGACCGGGUGUCUCAAAUUCUUCAAGAUCAUGGUCAUAAUGUCACUAUGCUUCACCAGAGAGGAAAUUCAUUAAUAUCAGAUUUUAAAGAGAAGGAAAAAUCAUACCAAGUUAUUUCUUGGCUUCCACCUGAAGAUUAUAACAAAAGAUUGAAGGAGAAUUUUGAUUUUCUUAUGGGAGAAGCUUUGAGUGACAGAUACACAUUUGGAAAGUUUUUAAGCUUUAUGGAGCAACUGGGGCUUCAGUGCAGUCAUUUUCUAAGGAGAAAGGAUAUCAUGGACACCUUAAAGAAUGAGAACUUUGACCUAGUGAUAGUUGAAAAUUUUGACUACUGUCCUUUCCUGGUUGCCGAGAAGCUUGGAAAACCAUUUGUGUCCAUUCUCUCUUCCUCCUUUGGCACUAUAGAUAUUGGACUGCCAAACCCCUUGUCUUAUGUGCCAGUAUUCCGUUCCUUCCUAAGUGACCACAUGGACUUCUGGGGUCGAGUGAAGAAUUUUCUGAUGCUCUUUGAUUUCUCCAUAAGCCAAUGGCAAAUCCAGUCUGUGUAUGACAACACCAUCAGAGAGCAUUUCCCAGAAGGCUCUAGGCCAGUUUUGUCUCAUCUCCUAAAGAAAGCAGAGCUGUGGUUUGUUAACUCUGACUUUGCCCUUGAAUUUGCUCGGCCCCUGCUUCCCAACACUGUGUAUGUUGGAGGCUUAAUGGCCAGAGCUGUUAAAGAAGUGCCACAAGAAUUUGAGAAUUUUAUCACCAAGUUUGGAGACUCUGGUUUUGUCCUUGUGGCCCUGGGCUCCAUGGUGAGCAACUUUCAAGCCCAGGAACUUCUCAGGGAGAUGAACAGUGCCUUUGCUCAUCUCUCUCAGGGGGUUAUAUGGAAAUACAAGCCUUCUCAUUGGCCCAAAGACAUCAGAUUGUCAGCAAAUGUGAAAAUUGUGAACUGGCUUCCUCAGAAUGAUCUCCUGGCUCAUCCACACAUCCGUCUUUUUGUCACCCAUGGUGGGAUGAAUAGCAUAAUGGAGGCCAUCCAACAUGGUGUACCCAUGGUGGGGAUUCCCCUUUUUGGAGACCAGCCUGCAAAUCUGAACCACGUAGAAGGCAAAAAGUUUGGUGUCUCUAUCCAGCUAAAGCAGAUCAAGGCAGAGACAUUGGCUCUGAAGAUGAAGCAAGUCAUAGAAGACAAGAGGUACAAGUCAGCAGCAGUGGCUGCCAGCAUCAUCAGGCGCUCCCACCCCCUGACCCCUGCUCAGAGGCUGGUGGGCUGGAUCGACCACAUCCUCCAGACAGGGGGUGCGGCACACCUCAAGCCCCACGGCCUGCAGCAGCCAUGGCAUGAGCAGUACCUGCUGGACGUCUUCUUGUUCCUGCUGCUGGUCACCCUGGGCACCCUGUGGCUCUGUGGGAAGCUGCUGGGCGUGGUGGCCAGGUGUCUGUGUGGGGCCAGGAAGCUGAAGAAGGACUGAUGGAGGUGCAGCCUUGACAGGUGUUUGGGGAGCCACUGGUUGUAGAAGGCUUUCCCCAGCACAGAACACCCCUGGUGUCUUCCCUAUAUUGGCACUUGAUGUGGCACACAAAUUGUGAAUUGUGUUUCACUAUUUUCUGCCUCUGUUUAGAAAUUCUUGUGAAGCGCU